AUGGGAAAGUGCGUAUCAACAGGGAAAAAAGCUCAUUUUAUGUCUCUGUCUAAAAAGAGAUUCAAACCAGAGAAACCACCUAGAGGAAAGAAAAACAGAAAAGGUUCUAAAUAUGAUGAGAGUAUUAGCUCUGUUAAUGAUACUCCAUAGAAAAAAAGCUUUAGUGAUAGCAAACCAUUGGUCAAGUUAAAUUUUCAACAAAAGCAAAUUAUGACAUUUGAUCCCUCUCUCUUUGUGCCCUAAGCAAUCCAAAGCUUUCACAUGAAGACAUAAAUAGAAGAAGAUCCCGAGGACUUUUACGAAAAAGCUGUAAAAGUAUACAAACUGAGAUAAUAACUACCUGAAGGCUUGAUUCCUAAUUUAAUAGAGGCAUGCUAAACUGGUAAUGUCGAAUAGAUGAAGCAUUACUUUUCGGCAUAUUAGAUUGACAUUCAAUAGGUCAAAGCUUAAAUGGAAAAUAUUAGUGUUGGCAACAGAACAAUUUAAUCCGAUUUCUUAAACCUCUUACACUUAGCUGUUUAUCAUAAUUAGCUGAAUAUACUGAAAAUAAUUUGUGAGAACGUUCCUACUUUGGACAUUGUUUAUACUGGGAGAAUACCAUCAACAAGUGGAUUGGCUAAUGAAUCAGAGAUUUCACUUCAGGAUGAUAAGAGGCAAAACAAUAAGCUUUUAGAUACGAAAAAAUUUUAGUCUGAUGAUAAGCAUUUCAUGGCAAGCCCAACUGCGAAUAUUGAUCCAAAUGGUAUUAAUAGCAGUAGUGUUAACAUCCAAGUUAGUUAGGCUCGUUCAUUAAUACUAUUCUGGGCAUUGGACAAGUAAUAAUAUCCUACUCUCACUUAUCUUUGGAAUUUCAAUAAAUUUAAACAAACAAACUGGGGUAUUAAAAAUCUGGAAUUCAUGCUAUUAUUGGCAAAUGAUCUAAAUGAAAAUGAGGUCUUUGAAAUUCUCCUUCAACCUAAGCCGUUUUCCGAAUGUUUGAAAACUCUUUCUUUCGUUGAUGCAAUGGAUUUUAUUGAAGAUCAUGUUGUAAAUAACAGAUGCGUCAAAGAGGAGCUAAAAUUAAAAUUGUUAUAUGCAAGUGAAAUGGCGCCUUAUUCUUUUAUUGGAGCACUGUUUCACUUUACAUCUGUUCUAGAAGAUGCCUAAGAUCAAGAGGAUAUUACUUAGAACAAUCAGUCAUUUCUAAAUAUUGAAAAGUAAGAAAAUGAUUGUGAAACCGAUAUAUAAUUUGAUGAAAUUCUUGAGCUUUAUCACAAAUUAAAUGAGUAAUAUUUAAAGCAAAUUAUUCGAAGUUCUGAAGUAAUAGAAAGACUAUAAGAAAUUUACUAGAAAGCAGAAAAUUUUAAAAUUAUAAAUGAUGAAUAGAAACAAAAAUUACUUGGUAUGAUAAAAUUCAUUCAAAAUUUUAAAAGACAAGUUCAAAUAAAUCAGCAUUGA